CAUGGGGAAAGCAAACAAUUUGAAAUUUGAAUUCGGUACGCCAAGUUCCCAGGGUUGUCGAGUCUUUUUCUAAUUUUGAAAAACAAAAUUAUUUGUUGCAUUAAUACAUAAAACGGUUGCCCCUGCAAUGCCGGAAACAGAGCCCAAGUUGGUGUGCAGUCCCAGCAAUGGUCUGCAUCAGGAGGAAAAUGCAGCCGUCAUUGAAGCGGCUAAUCGUCUAGUGAUCCGAUCCCCGACCCACAGGCGCUCUCAGCGCCAGCGCCCACCCCAAGGUCGGCGAGAUGCCACCGGCUUUACGGCCAAUCAGGAGGUGAAACUCAAAGCCGGCGAUAUGCGUAUAGCCCAAAUGCAGAUCUGUAUCUCCCAACUUCGCACCGAAAUGGAAGAAUCUACGAAACAGCUAAAGGAUCUAUGUAAAGCUAUGCUUGUAGACGCGGAGUCUGGCUAAAAUAUGUUGAGAUAUAUACUAUUGUUAUUGUUUUUAAGUAAUGGAGUCAAAAUUAAAGGUUACUUCUCAG